GCGAACUUGUGCAUGUACGCACUUCUGGCAGAGCCGAACCGACACGCAGGAAUACUCUGAAUCAGUAAUUUUUUAGGGGUGCUGAGCUAAGAUUUAGGGGUGCUUGAGCAACCCUAAAAUGGCCUAAAUACACCUCUGUGCGGGCUUAAAAAGACAGGACCAGAAAGGCUUAAACUACUCAUCGGGCUGUUUCUUACGAUAAAAUAAGAUGAUCAAGUUGUUACUGUUUUAUUUCUUCUGUCAUGCAUCGUCAGCAGGUAAAAUAAGACGUCAACUCUAAUGUUUUACACGUUUCUGUGUCCUGUCAUUGCUUUGGAAUGUAUUCGAACCGCGAUGUUUGUUAAGUUUAUCAGGAAUUUUGUAAGUCGGUGUUAUGCACUAAGCGAUUUACUGACUUUUCAUGUCCCUAAAGAGAAACACGCUCUGGGAUUUUUUAUCACCGGAUCCUUGGAGCUCUCGAACUUCUCCAAAUUAGAAGUUUCUGCGAUGAUUGAUGAAGAGUCGGUCGGUUUUUGCGAUGGCAGCAACAAGAGACUGAAACUUAACUAUGACUGGAUAAAGACAUUCCUCCAUGGAAACCCUUUGGUGUCAGAGUGGUUCAGUCAGCAGUGUUUUGGAAACCUGCCCAACACAUUUAGAGGCAUCAUCGCUGUUUUGAAAGAGGAGCUCAAACAACCACAAGGACUCCAUAUUUUACAGCUGGUAAUUUCCUGUGACUGGGAUGAGGAGACUCAGAAAGUUAAUGCUGCUGUACUGUACGGUUACAAUGGAGAAGACUUUAUUACUCUGGAUCUUGAGAAUCUGAUAUGGAUCGCUCUACAACCUCAAGCCAUAGAAAUUAAACAGGCAUGGAACACUAAUAAAGCUAGAUCGAUGUUCUUUAAGACAAUUCUUACCCAGUGGUGCCCUAAAUGGCUUAAGAGAUUGUUGGACAAAGGGAAAAGAAUUUUGCUGAGAACAGAGCAUCCCUCCUUGUCUCUGCUGCAGAAGUCUCCUUCCGCUCCUGUCAGCUGCCACGCUACAGGUUUCUUUCCCAGCAGAGCCCUCAUGUUCUGGAGAAAAGAUGGGGCAGAGAUUCAUGAGAAUGUGGAACACGGAGAGAUCCUUCCAAACAACGACGGAACAUUCCAGAUGAGUAUUUACCUGAACAUUUCCUCAAUCAGUCCUGAAGACUGGAGGAGGUACGACUGUGUGUUUCAGCUUCAUGACAGAGAAGACAUGAUCAAACUGGAUGAAGCAGUUAUAAGAACCAACAAAGAGAGUCCCAGUAGCAUAACCCUCCCCAUCACAGCUGCUGUGAUUUCUUUUGUCCUUAUAUCCAUUGCUGCUGCUGCUGGAUAUGUGGCAUAUAAAAAGAAAACAGACCGAGAUCAUCCACUACCAUCAACCUCUCAGGAGAAAAACACCGAGCUCAGAGAGACGCUAAAUCCAGAGACCUGAUGAACAAUCCAUUGCCUGAUGUGUGAAUUCAGUCUAUUUAUUCAUGUGAAGAAUAAGAAUAGUGUUUUUUUUUUACAAUUACACUCAGUCACAUAAGAAGGGGUUAACAGACCUGAUACUGAGUAAAUGAAACUAGAUUUUUAUCUUUGCAAAAAGCCGUUUUUUUUUAAACCAUAGACCUGAUUCAAGUUAAGACUUGUCAAACCUGAAUUGAUGUAAUGAUAGUUUCACUUCAGAGCAGAGGAAACUAUUCAGAUUUUGUGCACGCUAACAUUGCUUUGGCUUUGAGAAAAUGUACAAAACAGAAACUGCAAAGAAAACCAUAAAUAGUUUAAAGUAGACGCCUUUCUCCACAUACCCUGAGAUGUAUUUACAAGAUUAUGUGCAUGUGCAAAGACAUACGUACACACUAUUCAAACAGUACAACUACAGUGACAUGGUCUGAAUUCCAGAUAUCACAGAUAAAAACAUUUACUGCAUUUUUGACAAAUCGACAGGACAAGAUUUGCAGUAUAUUGUAGGUCAGGGGUCAUUAACCUAUUUGAAAAUGAGAACUACUUCAUUGGAGUUGUGUCAUAUGAAGGGUGACCAGAACUGACCUUUGAACUAGAAGAGCCAGAGUUCACCUUAGCUUUAUGUAUAAUAACCACAUUUUUCAUGCUUUGUUGUAGAUAUUGUCAUUUGUGUGAAUAAAGAGGACGACUAUCAGAAUAAAAUAAAGUUUUCAAUGCAGCUCACUGGUGGAUGAUGAUUUUUUUUUUUUUAGAACAGGCUCGUCCUUGGGGACUACUUGGUGCCUGCAGGUUCCAUGUUGGUGACCCAUGUUCUAGGUAAAGGGACAAACAAAUGCAUAUU